AUGAAAUUGCCUGAAAUAGAUAUUGGACUUUUGAUGAAAGGAGAUUUGUCCGCGGAUGUGAUCAAGGAUCUUACAUACGCCCUCAAAGAGGUUGGGUUUUUCUACGUCACGGGGUACGAUUCCACCAAAGGGCUGGCUACCAAGCUAUUGGAGUUCGGGGAGAAAUUUUUUGACUUGCCUGACGAUGUCAAGAAUGCAAUCAGCAUUAAGAAGAGCAAGGUUUAUCGUGGGUACGUCCCAAAAGGAACCGAUGUGACGAGUAAUCAGGUGGAUGUGAAAGAAGGCAUCUACUUUGGAUAUGAGGCAGAACAGGGAAAGGAAGAGCAAGAGUUGCUAAUGAGAGGAUAUAAUCAAUAUCCUCCAAAUGAAUGUGUGCCAGGAUUAUCUGACACGGUCAUUCAAUAUAUGGCACAGAUGACCAGUUUUGGUGGUGGUGACGGUGUCGACGAUGGUGAUGGUAAUGAUAAUGAUGAUGUUAUGGCGACAACUAUGGUGAAAAUGAUGAUGGGAAUCGGCCCACAUACCGAUUAUGGAGUCUUUACUUUUGUUCUGCAAGACGAUGUGGGGGGAUUACAGAUUGAAGCGAAAGAUGGAACUUGGGUUGACAUUCCACCCUCUCCAGGAACUUUGGCUGUUCUGAUUGGUGAUGUAGUGGAGAUCUGGACCCAAGGUUUGUACAAGGCUACCAGGCAUCGAGUCAAAAACUCACAAAACAAGACAAGAUAUUCAGCACCAUUCUUCCAUCAGCCAAGUGCUGAGACCAUUAUAGCACCACUUGAUAUCAAACUACCUUCUGGCUUUGAAUCACCUACUAGCCCACCCUCCCCUUUCCAGUUUGGGAACUAUGUGCAUGAGAAAUUUAAGUCAUCCUAUGCACAUACUGAGCAAAGCGACACUAAGGCUGAGUAGAAUUUGCUAAUUUGCUAGAGACCCAGUCCCUUCAGGGGCAUAGCCAGGAUUUCCCCACUAGGGGGUCACUCCCCACCCAUCCCAACAUCCAUCCCUCUCUCCCCUCCCCCAUAACACAUACAUGUUACAUGAGGGUGUUACUCCCCACUCACCACAACAAAUCAUCCAUCCCCUCCCAUCCACUUUAAAAAUUGCUCAUAACAAUGGACUGCCAAUUGGAAUGGUGUCACCGACACCUAGCAUCUUUCUCAAUAGUAUUAGCACCCUAUCUAGGCCUCUUUCGUUACUCUUUUUAAGAUAACAGCUUAUAUGCUGAUGAUAAGUGGUAAAAAAUGUAAUUCAUUAGUAGUAGUAUUGUAUGCAGAAAAAAUAGUAUUUUAAACUAUACCUUGAUUUUAUUUGUCUAGUGUAAAAGGAUGUAGAAUAAUUUCUCUGGUAUUAAUUGGAGAUGAAAAUUAUUCAGUGGCACAGCAAUAGUAAGGAAACAUGGAGGAAAAUCCAAGUUCCAGAUGUUUGAUGUUUAUAUUUGAUGAGAAUCAAUGACAAAAGGGGUUCCCUCAUUCAACUCACCAUCAAGUACACUGUUUUCCCCAAACUUUCAAUUUUAUUUGUAUCUAUUCACUUAAUUUAUUGGAUUAAAUUACUUUUGAACACAAGUAUGAGGAAUACUAUUAAUGUCGUUUCCACUUGUUGCGCACCUAUUGAAUUUUAAUUUUAAAUGAAUAAAGUUAAAUCUCCUCAAA